GUGCUCCUUCCCAAUUUAUGGCCGCGGAGCAUAUGGCCGGUGUUGCGCCCGGCGGCAGCCGCCGGGGACGGCAGCGAGCGGCGCGGGGGAUGUGAGGCCGGAGGGACGAGCAGCGGCCCCGGCGCACGGAGGAGACAAUGCGGGAGGCGGGGGGCCGCCGCCGGAGCCCCCCCUGCUAGGGACCCCCCGCCUCGGCACCGCGGCCAGUGUCGCUGUCGCCGCUCGGCGUGUGCGUGCCCAGCCGUGACCCGGCGGCUCGGCCAAGCCGCGGCUCCAACUUUCCCAGGCGGAAUUUGGCCGGAACAUGUCUCUGACCAACACAAAGACGGGCUUCUCGGUGAAGGACAUUUUGGACCUCCCCGACACCAACGAUGAGGACGGCUCGGCGGAGGGCGGCGAGGAGGAGAGCGAGGCGCCCGAGCCGCCCAGGAAAGCGGGAGUUUUGGGACAAACCCCCUUGGACUCUGUUCCGACGCUGCCUUUGAAGAGCCCUUUCUAUGAUAACAGCGAUAAUCCCUACACGCGCUGGCUGGCGAGCGCCGAGGGCAUCCAGUACUCCCUGCACGGGCUGGCGGCCGGCGGCGGCGGCGGCGGCCAGGACCCCUCGGCCAAAUCGCCGGAGCCGUCGGCAGACGAGUCGCCCGACAACGAGAAGGAAGCGGUGGGCGGCGGGGACGCGGGCAAGAAGAGGAAGAGGAGGGUGCUCUUCUCCAAGGCGCAGACCUACGAGCUGGAGCGGCGGUUCCGGCAGCAGCGGUACCUGUCGGCGCCCGAGCGGGAGCACCUGGCCAGCCUGAUCCGCCUCACCCCCACGCAGGUGAAGAUCUGGUUCCAGAACCACCGCUACAAGAUGAAGCGGGCGCGGGCCGAGAAAGGUAUGGAAGUGACUCCUCUCCCCUCGCCGCGGCGGGUGGCCGUGCCGGUGCUAGUCAGGGACGGCAAGCCGUGCCACACGCUCAAAGCCCAGGACUUGGCAGCCGCGACGUUCCAGGCGGGCAUCCCGUUCUCGGCGUACAGCGCGCAGUCCCUGCAGCAGCACAUGCAGUACAACGCGCAGUACAGCGCGGCCGGCAGCCCCCAGUACCCCACAGCGCAUCACUUGGUACAGGCGCAGCAAUGGACUUGGUGAGGGCCCCGCGCACACGCCCCCGAGAGCGGAGGAAAACACAGAAUUAACAGGCACAAAUCGAGAGAGAGAGGAAAAAAACAAAAAACAAAAAAACAAAAAAAAACGGAGACAGACUGAUGCUCCGAAAAUUAAAAAAAAAACAACUGCGGGGGAAGGAAUGGCGAGGGAAACGCUAUUAUUAUUAUUAUUAUUAUUGCUAUUAUUAUUAUUGCUAUUAUUAUUAUUAUUAUUAUGGGUUCUUUCCCUCUGCCGUUUCUUUUCCCCUCCAUUUUUUGGGGGGGUUUCGGUUUCAUUUCGGGGGGAGGCGGGGGGUGAGGGAAGGGAGGUGUUUUUUGUGCGUCAUUGUUUACAGAAAUUUUUUGCGCCAUUCAGAGUGGUCCUGUCUACCUACAAAUAAAAUAAAAGAGGAGAAAAAAGGGGAGAGC